AUGGCAGCAAAAAAUAACUUACAGACAAGUAAAAUUUUUGAUAUGGAAAGUUAUAAACGGACGUUACUAUUUCAAAAGAUAAGUCCAAAAACAACGAAACAGUCAUUAGAAAAUUUUUUGUCGGAAUAUCCAUUUGAACAAUGUUCAGUGCCAACCAAUGAAGAAGGUCACAACAAAUUUCAUGCAAUAGUAAAGUUCGAGGAUGAAUCAAGUAUUACUCUUCUCAUGUCGAAAAGACCACUUAUAAUCGAUGGAAAAGAAGUUUUUAUUCAUCGACAUGUUCCUGAUCAAAAAUCGUCGAGAGAUAACCGAGAUGUUCAAGUUAUAACGGUGUCGAGUACUACGAACCAAUCAAUGCAAAAAUCUCAAUUGCAAAGAUAUUUUCGUAAAUAUGGCGAAAUGGAUCAUAUUGAUUGUGUAAAUGAUAAUAAUAGUGUGUAUGUAAUUCAUUUUAAAGAUUAUGAUUCGGUUGAUAGAGCUUUGCUAAAUCAACCACACGAAAUAAACGGUAUUCUAGUUGACAUCAGAAAAGGUGACCAACAUUUAUCGACGGUUAACCCGGAUUCAGAGAAAUCUCUUCCAAACCCAAACAAUUAUAAGGAAAUUGUACCACCAAAGAAGUCUAAUUUAAAAGUUACAAUCGAUCCUAAAAUAUCCAGUCUUUAUUUGCCAGAACGGAUAUAUUGUGUUCAUAUAAAAAAUUUGCCAAUAAAUAUUGAUGCCGAAAGAUUAUCGGUUGAAUUGAAUUGGCCCGUAUAUGAUAUUCUUAUGGGAUCACCGACUGACGAUGAUCAAUCGCCAUCAAUGGAAUGUUGGUUAAAAAGUCCAGACGAUCAAGAAAAAAUUGAUGAAUUUAUACGAAAUUCAAAACAACGAACGAUCAAUCGAUCGAUUAUUCAAUGCGAAAAAGAGGAAGAUCAGCUGGAAUUGUGUAGAUUUUUUCGAACCGGCAAAUGUGACAAACGCGACGAUAUUUGUAACUGGGUACAUAUAAAAUGUACGGCGAAUCGUACAUGUUCAAGAGAUUGUCCGUAUGGUCAUGAGAAAGGAGAGAAAACGGAAUACUCAACUGUAAACAAGACAACAAUGUCCUAUCGAAUCAAAAUUAGUGGUUUCGAAAAGAAACCAACACGAAAAAGUUUGGCUGAAUUGUUGCAUCAACAGGAAAAAUCUUGUUAUGUUAAUGAAAAUCAAAAUAAAGUUGGUUACAUCAUUUAUGUAAUAACAUUCAAAUAUGCAAAACAUCUUAUGAAAAAAUGGCAUGAUAAAUCUAUUGAUGGUCAGAAACUAAAAUGUCAAUUAGAAAUAAAUCAACCAUCGAAUAUGCAUAGUGCUCUGUCAAGAUCGAAACAGUCACUUAGCGGCAGCAAUAGUGAACUCAAUACUCGUUGGCGUAGGACCGAUCGUUCAAGCAUUAGUAGCAGUACACAACACAGUCGAGAAUCAUCUGUGUCAAGAGAUGAAGAUCGUUCUGAAAUACGAGUACUUAAUGAUGAAUGCGUCGGUCACGAAGGUCGACUUUAUGCUCAAGCUUUUAACGGUAUUGGGAAAUCACUGGAAAAGCUUUCUAUGCGAACAAAACGUUCAACAGAAAAUAUUGCAUCAGCACUGGAUUCGACAAGAAGUCUACCGAGUGGUAUACCAUCUGAUGAAUGGGAAACCAUUCAACGAGCAUCUGGUACUGGUAAAAGAGCGUCAUUCAUUCGUAGGAAAUCAGACCGAAGAACGUCGGCAGUUAUAAAAGUCUAUAAAAAUGAACCGACAGGCGAUUGCUAUCGAGAAUUAACUGCACUCAAAAUGUUGAAAGGAGUGCCAGGUGUUGCUCAAUUGAUUGAACCAGAACAGCAAUCAAACAACUUUGGAAAAAAAGCUGGCGGGGAAGAUGAUUUAUGGAUUAUUAUGCAGCGAGCAUCGACACAUUCAUUAAAGACAUUUAUGGAUCAAAAAAGAGAAAAAUAUAAAACCGAUAUUGAAGUAUCAAGUGCUAUAAAAUUUGUUCAACAUUUAAUAGGCAUUGUCAAGCAAGUUCAUUCUCGAGGUAUACUACAUCAAAAUCUCGAACCUGAAAAUAUCGUAAUUGAGUAUGAAUCAAAAAAUCCGUCAAUUGAUGAAGCCAAUUUGACAUUGCUAAAUUUUACUCAAGCUUAUAUAAAAUCACAUCAAUCAACUCACAUCAAUCAGGAAAACGCAACUCGGUGGUAUCAACCACCAGAAGCAAAUGCUCAAUCGUUCAAAUAUAGUGCAACAAAUGAUGCAUCGGCUAUCGUUGCUAUUCUUCUCUGGUUAUUGACGGAUGUGAUUCCUCAACAUCGUGAAAAAAUACUUCCUCAUCUGAAACCUGAAGUACAUGACAAACUCGAUCGAAAAUUUUCAAAUGUUGCCAACAUUGCAAAUGGCAACCAAUUGAAAACUUAUUUGAUUGAUACAUUCAAUCGUGCUUUUGGUUUUCCUGAAUACGAACCAUGGACAAUCGAAGAUUUAGAAUGUCGAAUUAAAUGCAUUUCACAAUUAUUUACACCGAGCCAUUCAAAUCUGAAUGCAGUUGGCGACAUUUUCCGAAAUCUAAUUCCAUUGACAACAUCGUUUAAGAUGAUACCAACAAACGAUCAUCCAGCUGCUAUUCAAAAUGCAGCCAAUGCAUUUACUCAAGUUAAACAGGAAUUCUUGAAUUCCAAUUCUGAUCAAUAUUCAUGGUUCGAUGGAAAUUGUACAUGGUUGAAUACUGCACAACAUCCAAUGAACGAAUACCGACAUGAUGAUAUUCUCACAUAUUAUUGGCGUAAUCAAAAUUAUUCUAUUAUAAUUAUAUGUUUGGCAAGUAUCAAUGAUGAAGGCCGAGUUAUAACACUAUCAAUCGGUAGUACUGUUCAUGGUAAAAUGAUUCGAAUUCCACUUGGACAGUAUUCCGUUGCUCAAGAUUAUCUAACAAAAUUACAAGAAAAUUUCAGCACAGAACUCAAAAAUCUUCUCCUAUCAAUCUAUAAUGAACAGAUGCCAGUACAAAAAUAA